GUUAAACACUCUCAAAAAAAUACACACUGUGUUCGUUUUCGGUCUGCAUCAAUGUCUUGUAUCCCUAAACCAAUCGGUCAUAAAUUCAUCAUACGUUAUAAAGAUCUAUAGACUAUAUUCUAUAAGGCCGUCCCUGGCCACUUAAUAUGAGGGGUGUAUAUUCAAACACAUCGCUUCGAAAUGACUGAAAUUGGUCACGGUCCACGAACGGGUAAUACGUCCAGACAUAAUUAAUUUCAAGUUUCGGUACACUUAACUUCACGUGUUGUCCUUGAGUGCCGUGUGUCCUUGAGAACCUACGUGUUGUCUUGGAAAUGAGAUGUUUAUCAAACUAGCAGGUGCCUUGAUGGACUUUAGACCCACUAAUAUCUAAAAGGGCCCAUACGAAAAUCUAUAAAGUUAGCCGUUUUGUGCAAUUGUUAUAUUUCAGGCGGGUGCAUGAGAAGGUGUAGAAUUCAAAAUGUCGCGCCAGUCGCGGUGUAAUCCGAUGACGUUUACAGCGGUUUCUUUGAUUGAUCUCAACCGCUGACUCUCACCGUAAUUUUAUGUUCCCGACCGUGGGACGUCACCGUCACCCUGACGUGAAACGUACGUAGCACCUGUCGCGGAGCGACGUAAGCGACGCAAACAGUAUACUUCUACUGUUUAUGUAAAAUGGAUAUACCCUUCAAUUUCAUCUCUUUAUAUAACAACAUAAGUUUAUAUAACAACGCCAGCCUAUAGUUACAAUAGGGCAUGGGUAUGGUUAUGUGCAUACGAAUUUUAAAAGGGAAUGUACUCCUAAUUUCACGGCAUAUUAUCCAACGUGUGCAUGUGCAUGUCGAUAUUAAUUUUUUCGAUAAGCCCAUGAAUUUGUUGCAUGCUUUGACUAUUUGUUUUAAUUCGUUUAUUUUUUCCUAUAUUUGCGUUCAUUACUUAGGCGCGCCCACAAUUUUGAAUUGCCAAAAUCCAGUACAAAAUUAUUCAGCAAGAUAAAUACCGUAUAUCAGUAUAAUGACCCGAUCAUGCAUGUACGCGUUUUUGUUUUACACGGAUAAAACAAAGACUCACAAUUGUCGAACAUGUUGUACAGUCCUUGCGCAAAAAUUGAUGCCUUGACUUUAAUGAAAUUACUCUUUCGAGCAUUUAUAAAUUGACAUGCGGGUGGCAGAGUGGAAACAGCUGCUGAUUGAUGCUCAAGGUUCCUUUAUAAGGGCAAAACGUCAUAACCAUUCAUAUAUUGCUUUUAAACCUUUUACCGACACAGCAGGAAGACAAAAACUUUUGCUAACUGGCAACAGCCUUUACUUUUAAUGAUCUGUUGUGUGUGUGGAAAUAUAUUCGUCGAUUGUAAGAUUUUUCCUCGCGUUGUCGAUUUCACUGCCUGGUGCAGUUGGUUGAGAGGAUGUUCAUUUGUAAAUAAGUUGAAAGAAUCGGUCGAUUUCUGUCGCCGUUUUUCAUAAACUAUAAAGCAACUGCAGCAAAUAUACUAAAGACGUCAUUAUAAACGUAGAAAAUUUAACCGGUAGUCUUUGAAAAUCGUUUUUAGAGAUCGUAUUUUGAAGUCUCGUUGUAAAUGACCUUCAGCCGACAUCUUAUAUAUACAGUGUAAUUUUUUCACAAUUUUCUUAAUUAAGAGAGGCACAAUUUAUAUGCAUUAUAAUUAAUGCCUUUAACGAACAUGGAAGAAAAGUCCAGCCUGCUUGCAUGAACAAGAAACAAAAUUUACAUACUGUGUGAAUUUAACUUGAUAUACUGAAACGGGAACGAUUUGAAUUGCAUCGAAAUUAUUGUAGCUAUAAAGCGGUGUUGGAAUUUUGCGAAGAAUUUCUAAAGAACGGUUCAAAAAAGAAAAGGCGGUCUCGUAUUUGGCACGAGUCUAGUUAAACGUCCAGAUAUACAUCGUAAAAAGGGACUGGACUAAAGUAGUCUUGCUAAAAAAUUCAUGUCUGAACUGAACACUACAAUUGCAGGUGAAGUAAAACGGUGUAACAUUUUCUUUGCAACCGUUUACUGGACACUGCCAUCGACUGGCGUUCAUCUUUACAACAAUAUAACACUCAUUGUGGUAAGCUUGGUAGUUUCUCUUUCUGGAAUCAUCGCAAAUGUUCUUGUUGUAAUCUGCUACGUGAAGAACCCUCGUUUACGCACAUUGUCCAAUAUUCCGCUACUUUCGCUGGCUUUCAGCGAUUUGCUUGUGAGCGCCGUAGUACUGCCCCUUUGUGUGGCCAAGUUUAUUGAGGAGAUAUACGGUAUACGUAAUUGUAUUCUAUGGGCUUCCAAGGGGCUUGCGACGUAUUUCUCAAUUGGAGUUUCGCUGUUGUCCGUAAUUGUUAUAAGCGCUGAACGUUUCAUCACAUUGGCGUAUCCUUACCGGUAUCAGGCGAUUCUGACAAAGAUUCGCAUGAACAUGGCUGUUGCUGCAGUUUGGAUUGUGAUUUUUGUUGUGGUAAUUUCAAAUAUAAUUGGCUUGAUACCUUUUGACGUUCUUCAAGCAAUUGCCACUUCGAUUACAGGGCUAUGUAUUUUCUUUAUGCUUAUAGUUUGGAUCUGGGUUUACAAGCUGCUUAAAAACCAUGUAAGAAAGAUCAACACAAGCCAUAGCCCAUCGGCCGUAUCGAAGCCGGAGACCUCGCAACAGCAAUCAUACAGAAACACCCGUGCUAGUGGUGUCAUUGUCUUCGGUCUUAUAAUCUCCUAUAUUCCCUCCGUUGUCAUGCUAGUUUACUUCUGGACCGAACCGGAAAGCUUUACGGGAAUCUUUCUUGUCUCUCCUUGGGGUGAAACGCUUCUCCUCUCGCAUUCUUUGUUCAACCCACUGUACGUGUUUUGGAGGAAAUCCACAUUUAGGCUAACCGCUGUUAGUUUUAUUCGUCGAUGGACGACUCCAGGUGUAGAAUAAGUUUUGAUUUGGCGCAGAAUACGUAUAAUAUCAAAAAUGUAAGGGCUGCAUGCGUAAGUCAUAAGAACUUAAUUUUCAGCAUAUUUUAGUCUGCGUUUGUUGACCUAGAAGUUGAAAGAUAUAGUGUGGAAAAAAUAAGUGGAAAACAGCUUUAACUAUAGAAAUGGUUUUCCUGUCCUAAAAUUUUGUUAAAUCCCUAAAUUUAACGUCAUGCAUGCACACGCUUUCGCACUUUGCUGGAUUGAUGAUUGCUGUUUUUGGAUAUUUUAUCAUUUUUAGAGUAUUUUUAGUAAUUUGUUGACUAUAUAUGCAAUAUAUUAAUACAUUUAUUGUCAAAAUUAGAUAACUCCCCUUCUAGCGUAAAAAAACCCCGCAAUGCGUGCCUUACACGCGUCACGUAGGAAUCUGUCAGAUCGAAACUGAUCGAAGGCAUGCGUGGUCUCUACGCAGUGAGAAAAGUGCCCGUGAAGUGCGAAAAUAAUGCUUGUGACAGACACUUCAUAAUAAUAAUAGUAAUGUCGGUGUGCAGUAAGCACGUGUCCGUCUUCGAUUGGUUUCUUUGAUUGGUCUCAACCGCUGACUCUCGUCGUAAUUUUAUAGUUCUGACUUUGAGCCUGCGAUCAUGGUAUGUUAUUAUAACGUUAAACCA